CUUCGGCCGGACUGUUCACACAACCUGCGGCAGAGGAAACAUGUUUCUCCUGCAGUACGCCGGGCUCAGCGUUCUGCCCUUUGACCCGACGACCAGCAAUGACCCUCUCCACUUCAGCGGGCCGCUUGUGACGGAGGGUGCUUCGAUGGAAAACACUGCUGGAAACUGCAAGAGGCAAAGAAUCAGUCUGCCUCCAGACGGGAACUGUAACCCGACCAUGGCUUGUAACUCCGUGACAACACCCACCUCAGACCACAGCGCCUGGGCAAAUGCCAUGUCCAGCCGGGGGAUGCCUCCGCUGAGCAUGACUGGACAGCAGCUCGUGCCAGAUUUUGACCCCAGUCUUGGGCUGAUGACUGGCAUUGGCCCCAUAAAUCCCAUGAUGCCCGGCCCGGCCAUGGCUCCCCGGCCCCUCCCCCAGGAUGCACCCAUUGUCAGGGAGAUCGUCCACUGCAAGAGCUGCACGCUGUUUCCUCCCAACCCCAACCUUUUACCUCCAGUUAUGAGGGAACGCCCUCCAGGGUGUAAAACGGUAUUUGUGGGAGGUCUGCCCGAGAACGCCACAGAGCAGCUCAUCGUGGAGGUCUUUGGACAGUGUGGGGGAAUUGGUGCCAUCAGAAAAAGCAAGAAAAACUUCUGCCACAUCCGAUUUGCUGAGGAGUUCAGUGUGGACAAGGCUCUCUUCCUCUCUGGUUACCACAUCCGUUUGGGCUCCAGCACAGACAAGAAAGACACCGGCCGUCUCCACGUGGACUUCGCCCAGGCCAGAGACGACUUCUAUGAGUGGGAGUGUCACCAGCGCAUGUUGGCCAGAGAGGAGAGGCACCGGCGCAAGAUGGAGGAGGACCGCCUCCGGCCGCCCUCCCCUCCGCUCAUCGUCCACUACUCGGAGCACGAGUGCAGCCAGCUGGGAGACAAGAUCAAAGAUGACAAUGCGUUUCCUGAAGCGGUGCGCGUGCUCUUGACCUGGCUGGAACGAGGGGAGGUCAACCGAAGGAACGCCAACAACUUCUACUCCAUGAUCCAGGCCUCCAACGGCCACAUCCGCCGGCUGACGGGCGAGAAGACUCAGCAUGAGAAGGAGUUGGAAGAGGCCAAAGACAAGUUCAGGACCACGAUGGCCACCAUACUGGCUCAAUUCGAAGAGAUCAUGUCUGUAUUCAACGCUGCGUCCAAACAAAAGGCAUGGGACCAUUUCUCCAAAGCUCAGCGGAAGAACUUGGACAUGUGGCGCACGCAGGUUGAGAAGACCCGAAACAUACACAGCGAGCAUCUGAUGCGCAUCAGGGGGGAGGAGGAGAUGGAGAUGUCGGACGAUGACAUGGAGGACUCCUCCCCCUUCAACAGUAAAGACUCUGAGGACUCAGGUGUUUCCCAAGCCGAAGCCCUGAGGGAGGAGAACGACUCGCUGCGCUGCCAGCUGGACGCCUACAGGAACGAGGUGGAGCUGCUCAAACAGGAGCAAGGCAAGAACCAACCAAUGUGCAGUGAGGAGGACAACACACACUCCCAGCAGCUCAGCUUCCUGCAGCAGGCUCUGCAAGACAUGGAGGAGCAACUUCUGAGAAUGAGGGAUGAGUUGAAGGAGCGAGAGACCCAGCUUGAGAAGAACAAAGAAGAUAAACAGCAGCUGAAGAACCAAAUCCAUGACCUCACUGAAAAGGAUGUAACAGCAUCAUCAGUGGUGUCCUGCAGUGAGGACAAAGAAGCUCUUCCAGAGAAGAAUCGACCCAAUCCUAUUCACACUGAGAGGGAUGCGCUGCUAGUCGGGAUCAUUGCAACCUUCCUCCACGUCCACCCGUUUGGAGCCAGCAUCGAGUACAUCUGUUCCUACCUGCAGCGUUUGGACACCAAGAUUGACACCGGUGAGGUGGAGGCUCUUCUCUCCCGGCUGCCCUGCACCUUCAGACAGGAGCUGACCGGCGUCGGAGCCAGUCUGGAGAAACGCUGGAGCUUCUGUGGCUUCCAGGGCAUCAAGAGCACGUAGCUAUUGACCCCUCUGGGGGACGUGGAGGAGACGACACAGGUAGCCGAGUCAGCACAGGUACACGGAGGACACUCUAGAAAUGUGGAGGAAGCCGACAGCCAAUGGAGAUGCUGGGCUCCACCUGCAAAGUCAUGAGCACAAAAUGAUCCAGCACAGAUCUCAGAUCAGGCGGGGUUGUUCUGUGUGGGCGUGAUAAAUAUUCAGUUCGUUUGAUGGCAAAUUAAUUAGCGGCGUCUCCAUGGCGACCGAGAAGUGGAUGCAUCUCUAUGAUAUCUGCGUCAUCUCUGUUUUGUGUUUACUCAUGGGAAGUCAGUCUCAAUCUCAGCAGUCACAGGAUUGGUCAGAUUCUUGUACUCAAGCUGUAGUUGGCUCAGCGCACCGACAGACGUCUGGACUAAAGGGACACAGGACGGUCGUCAGGGUCCA